AUGUCUUUUCUGGCUAAGAGAGUUUUCACCCGCCAACUAGCAAGACCGACGCUGUCGAACCUGAGAUCAUGUCGAAGCAGGCUGCUGAGUGAAACCGGAAGACGAAGAGUGCAUGCACCAGCAACUGAAUUUCUUCAAAAUGGCAACGUCGACUGGACUGGGUCUCAACAAAUGGUCCGAGAGUCAAUAGCCAAAAUCGCGUCGAAAUACGAUGAUGAAUACUGGAGGGACCUGGACAGCAAGCACAAGUUCUCCCUCGACCUCCACUCUGACCUGGCUGGAGCUGGCUGGCUCGGAAUUUGUAUGCCUGAAGAAUACGGAGGCUCUGCUUUGGGUAUCUCUGAAGCCUCUGUGAUGAUGCAGACGCUGUCCGAAUCUGGUGGAGGAAUGGCAGCAGCUUCAUCAGUUCACAUGAACAUCUUCGGACUAGAGCCUGUCGUAAAAUUCGCCACAGAAGAGCAGAAAAAGCGAUGGCUCGUCCCUUUGAUCGCGGGCGAAGAACGAGCCUGCUUCGGUGUCACAGAACCAAACACUGGCCUUGAUACUCUGAAGCUCCAAUCCCUCGCAAAGAAGAACUCAGACGGCAAAGCAUACUCCGUAAGCGGUUCAAAAAUCUGGACAUCCACCGCCCAAACCGCCCAAAAGAUCCUCCUCCUCGUACGAACAACUCCUCUCGCCGAAGUCAAAAAAGCCACCCAAGGCCUCUCCCUCUUCUACACCGACCUCGACCGCUCCGCAGUCCAAGUCCAAGAAAUCGAAAAACUCGGCCGCGCCGCAGUAGACAGCAACACCCUCUUCUUCGACGGUUGGCAAGUCCCCGCCGAAGACCUCAUCGGCUCCGAAGGCGACGGCUUCAAACAAAUCAUGCACGGCAUGAACGCCGAACGCGUCCUCAUCGCCGCAGAAGCUCUAGGUCUAGGCUUCGCCUCUUUACGUAAAGCCGCACUCUACGCUCAAGAACGCGAAGUCUUCGGACGUCCGAUUGGAAAAAAUCAGGGAAUUCAGCAUCCUUUGGCGGAUUCUUGGAUGAAAUUGGAGGCUGCGAGGUUAAUUACUUAUCAGGCUGCGAGGAUGUAUGAUCAGGGACAUAGUACGGGGGAGUAUGCGAAUGCGUGCAAGUACCUUGCGGCGGAUGCGGCGUUUGAGGCGGCGGAGAGGGCGGUUUUGACGCAUGGUGGGAUGGGGUAUGCGAAGGAGUAUCAUGUGGAGAGGUAUUUUAGGGAGGCGAUGUUGCCGAGAUUGGCGCCUGUGAGCAGGGAGAUGAUAUUGAAUUAUGUUGGGGAGAGGGUGCUUGGGUUGCCUAGGUCGUAUUAG